CGUGUCACCGGGAAUUCAGAAACUGAACGAUGCUGCUGUUGUUGUAGCCGCUUGCUUCACGUCCCUUCGCCGCACCAGAGUUUUGUAUGUGCGCGUUUGUCUUUUUUUUUGGAUGAGAAGGACUAACUGACUGUGGAGCUUCAAUAAAAGAAUACAAUUAGGUCCGCAGUUUGUUCGGUGCUCAUCCGCUUUACCAUCUUUCAGUAUGGCUGGAGGGAUAACAGAUACUGGUGAACUGUAUUCUCCUUCUGUGGGACUUGUUUACAUGUUUAACCUGAUCGUUGGCACAGGGGCUCUAACGAUGCCGAAAGCCUUUGCAACGGCUGGUUGGGUGGUGAGCCUUGUCCUCAUUUCAGUCUUGGCCUUUAUGAGUUAUAUAACCACCACAUUUGUCAUAGAAGCUAUGGCAGCUGCUAAUGCACAACUGCGCUGGAAGAGAAGGGAGAACCAAAAAGUGGAAGACGGCGAUUCAUCUUCUGAAAUUUCAGAUGACGAGGUUUUGGUUAGAGAUAGAUAUGAUCGAUCAGAGACCCGUCCCAUCCUUUCUGUGCAACGCGUCAGUAACAUCGAUCACUUUGAUAUCGUGGAACGAGUGGAAAUGGGCCAGAUGGCAUCACUGUUCUUUAAUAAAGUUGGUGUGAACUUGUUCUACAUUUGCCUCAUCGUCUAUCUUUAUGGAGACUUGGCAAUCUAUGCUGCUGCUGUGCCCAUGUCGCUGAUGGAAGUAGCCUGUGGCAACCUCUCCUGCAGUGCCGGAAGCAGCUUAAAGUACAACGACACGGAGGUGUGCUGGGGGCACGUCAAGCGACAAGACGCUUACAGGAUAUUUCUGGCCGUCUUCACGCUCCUCCUGGGACCCUUCACCUUUUUCAACGUUCAGAAAACCAAAUAUCUUCAGAUUGGCACUUCGCUCAUGCGCUGGAUUGCCUUCACCACGAUGAUCAUCCUGGCACUGAUCCGCAUAGGAAAAGGCAAAGCUGAGGGCCACCCGCCGGCCGCCGUGCUCCUCGGGGUCCCCAACCUCUUCGGUGUCUGCGUCUACUCGUUCAUGUGCCAGCACUCGCUGCCCUCCGUCGUGACUCCCAUCUCUGACAAGAGGCGGGUGAGCGCCCUGGUCCUGCUCGACUACACCCUCAUCCUGAGCUUCUACAGCCUGCUGUCCUUCACUGCCAUCUUCUGCUUUGACAACGGCGUCCUCAAGGACAUGUACACCCUCAACUUCACCGACAACUGUGACGUCAUUGGCGUGGCCUUCCUGCGCUACUUCCUGGGCCUCUUCCCGGUCUUCACCAUCAGCACCAACUUCCCCAUCAUCGCCGUGACCCUGCGCAAUAACUGGAAGACCCUCUUCCACCGGGGUGGCACCUACCCCUGGGUUGUCGACAGGGUGGUCUUCCCGCUCAUCACCCUGGUCCCUCCCAUCAUUGUGGCCUUUUGCACCCAUGACCUGGAGACUCUGGUGGGCAUCACCGGUGCCUACGCUGGGACGGGCAUCCAGUACAUCAUCCCGGCCUGCCUGGUCUACUUUGGUCGCAAGGACCUGGGACUGACGUACGGCGACGCGGUGAACAACAAGCACAGGUCGCCCUUCCACCAUGUCUUCUGGGUCUGGUUUGUGCUGAUCUGGGCCGGGUCCUGUUUGAUGUUUGUCACCGCCAAUAUCGUCCUGACCGAAACCAAGCACUGAGCUGGCAGUCACCCGUGGGUUUAGAAGGCAAUGAGAGGCGGGCCUGGCGCUGUGCCCUCCAGCUCUGAUCGGCGGGGCUCGGGUGCUCUUGGCUUUCCUCCCCUCUCCUCCUCCUCAUUUUUGUUUGACCCACCCACCCCACCUACCCGCUGCAUUCAUGUUUAAUUCAAGGAGCCUGGGCUUUGGUUGGCACCCCCUUUACAAGUGGGUACAACAUUAGCAUGAGCUGUGACAAGUGCCCUAGAAAUAUUCAGUUGCCUUAUUGAACCCUGACACGAGGUCAGUGCCAAGCGGCACCCCUCACUUCUCUUUAUUUUAGAACCCCACUGACGUUUUGGAAUGGUGCCAACGGGAGCCACCCUGGCCAACUAGCCUUCCGUGUGACUUUGCAUUAACGGUGUGUCACUUGUCACAUCAGUUUGUCCUCGUGGUAUUAGUGUGCCAUUAGCGUACGCACCACCGUCCACCACCCAUCUGCCUCAAGUGGCCGAGUUUGGGCCGAUUAGCUGCCAUGUCUAAGCUCACAAGUGCCACCUCAUGGCCGCUUAGCCCGAAGACGUCAGCUCAAAUGUCACCGUUUGCCCCAUCAAGCCAUGUGCUGUCCCUUUACAAUGGCUGCCCUGGGCAUUUGUAGCGCAGUCACCCAGUUAGGGACCUGGACAUUCUAGUGGGCACACCAGACGCAUGUGCUCAUGUCAUGUCACGUGCCCACCAUGGGCAACUUCUCGUUGUACUGCACACCUCCAUGUGUAAUGAAGGAAGAGACAAAAGAUGGCAUCAGUUACCUCCAUGAACUCUAAUCCCAUGGGCUCAGCUCUGGUACACUGGGCACAAUUGAAUUAAAUGGGAAAGUAGUGCCAAGCCGAGCGCUGAUAGUCACCGGACAUAAGUGGGCACCUCGACUGGCUGUUAGUUUUGUGUUUUUUGGGCACUUUGUUUCACUCCUCAUCAUCUUCAGUUUUCUUAACUUCCUCUUCUUCAUCCUCAUCCCGGAAUGCACUCUGCCUGCCUGAAGAAUUUGACGGGCAUUUGGGCACAUCUGUUUAAGGUCCUAAUUGCCAGGUGUUCAAGACUGGUACAGUGCCUUGGUGCCAUGUGGCACCUUUUAUUUGCACAGGCCGUGGACUUUCCCCGAUGCCCCCUGUAGGGGGCUGCUGGGCACAGAGUAGGGAGGCCAAAAGCAUGCUGGCUGGCCGGCAUUGUAGAAAGAGACCACCGGGGGCUGCCAGGGGCGCAGUGUACAUUGUAACACACGAGACCAGUAAAGGUGGCAGGAGCCACUCUGAUGGUG